AUGUGGCUGCCUCCAGCUCUGCUCCUUCUCUGCCUCCCAGGCUGCUUGUCCCUGGUGGGCCCCAGAUUUGUGACCGGCACCACGGGGGACUCCCUGACCAUACGGUGUCAGUAUGAGAAGGAUUACAAGGGCUAUAAUAAGUACUGGUGCCGAGGACAAUAUGACACCGACUGUAACAAGAUUGUGGAGACCCAGGGAACAGAGAGAGAAGAGAGAAGUGGCCGUGUGUCCAUCAGAGACAACGCUGACUCCCUCACCCUCACAGUGACCAUGGAGAACCUCAAUGCAGCCGACGCUGGAUCCUACUGGUGUAAAAUUCAGACAGUGUGGAUCCUGGACGCGUGGUCACGUGACCCCUCGUUCCAGGUUCAGGUGUCUGUUUCCCCAGCACCUCCUACGACCACAAGACGGACCACACAUCCAGCCACACCUGCCACGUUCCCCGCGGAGACCGCUGGGCAGAAUUUCAGCACCAACCACUGCCCAGGGGUUCCGCUCAGCACUGUCCACUUCCUGCUCCUGAUCUUCCUGAAGCUGCCCCUGUUCCUGGGCGUGCUCGGUGCUGUCCUUUGGGUGAGCAGGUAUGAUUCUACAGAAGGUCCCGAUGCAACAGGAGGUGCGGCCAGCAGCCCUCUGACACCUCCUGUGGUGAUGGCGGUAGCGGCGGUGGUGGUGGUGGCGGCGGUGGUGGUGGCGGCGGUGGGGGGCGCAACUGCAGUGUUGACCCCCACCUCCGCCAUCACCUCCACUGCCAACGCGUUCACAGUACCGGACACCCCAGAAGACUCCUCAGGCUCCCCACCUGUGACCAGCCAGCACUCCGAUGGCAGGUCCCUGUUCAGCAGCACCCGCUUCCUGCUCCUGGUCUUCCUGGAGGUGCCCCUGCUCCUGAGCAUGCUCGGUGCCGUCCUGUGGGUGAACCGGCCUCUGCGGGGCUCAGGGGGGAGGCAGAGUCAGCCCCGCUCUGGGGACCAGUAACCAGUAGGUCCCGUGUUCAUCGAUGUUGUAUCUGAAAGUAAGAAACUCAAACGGAAGAAAGAUUGUUUUAUUGUGAAAUGACGGUGGUCAGCAGGGACCGUGGCUCUAGAGGCAGCCCUGGGCCUGCCUCAGGGACAGGACCCUAAUCCCUGGGAACCCACAGCUGUGAUGCCUGGGCCUCUGCUGCCCCCCCUUUGUGUACAACCCCUGGUCUUCCCGGUCCUGAGGCCCCACCGAGCAGGAAAUAAGAACAGAGGUGCAGGAAGAGGCCUUUCGCCUGGGGCCCAAGCCCUUGCGGAGCAUUUCCAGCCUCAAGCCGUGAGCCACCUGCCAGGGUCCCGGGCUGGUUUCUGUGUCCCGUGUCCCCUGAGGUUUAGGGCUCCCACCAAUCCCGGUUUCACAAUUCUUGACCCGUGAACAGAAAAACUGAACCAUGCACUGAUGACACGCCAACCACGAGUGAAGACCUGGUGUCCGGGGAACAGAAGCUUCUGGAACCCUUGUCCUGCUGCGUUUUUGUCACAUGUCGGGAAGGAAGCUCUGGUGCCAGCUCCAUCCCUUGCCUCCUGCACGUCUGACAUUGAACUUGGCAUCACAGCCCCUCAUGGUCCCCAUCACCCUUCCUGUUAGGAUGCGUAAAUGUUCUCACUUCUUUUGAGAGCAUCGGUGUGGCUG